CGGGGAAAGGCGCGGCGGGAGCGGCAGCCGCGACGGGAGCUCAGUUACCGGGGGCAACGGCGCUUGGAGCCCAGCGCAGGCUCCCGAAAGCUCCGCGGCGUGAAGACGACCAGGAUUCUUUUGUGGUUCUAUCCCUUGGAAUGACAUUUUCAUAAUGAGUCAACAAGGUUAUGUGGCCACACCCCCUUACUCUCAGUCCCAGCCUGGAAUAGGCCUUUCUCCUCCACAUUAUGGGCACUACGGGGAUCCAUCUCAUACUGCUCCAUCAGGUAUGAUGAAGACGGCAGGGCCUGUGGGGCCUGCUGCCCCAGGGGGCAUGUUGCCACCAGGCCCUCCACCUCCGGGGCCCCAUCAGUUUGGCCAGAAUGGAGCUCAUGCCUCAGGUCAUCCUCCCCAAAGAUUUCCAGGCCCUCCACCUGUCAACAGUGCAGGCCCGUCCUACGCACCUUACUCAUCCCCUACGCAGUCAUCGUACCCGAGUCCUGCGUCUACUUCAUCUGUCAGCCAGCUGGGCAGUCAGCUCAGUGCUAUGCAGAUCAACAGCUACGGUUCAGGCGUGGUCCCCUCCACUCAGGGCCCCCCUGGCCCUCUGCCAGCAGCAUCAUUCCAGGGUCCUCCACGACCUCCUCAGCCAUCCAUUUUGCAGCCGGGAUCUCAGGUUCUCCCACCACCACCCACCACACUAAACGGGGCUGGGGCCACGCCCUUACCUCCCUCAGCGCUCCCUGGGCCUCCGCCUCCCAAUGCUCAGUACCAGCCCCCGCCUCUUCCUGGACAGACCCUGGGCUCUGGUUAUCCCCCGCCUCCGCAGCAAGGCACCUAUGGCCCCCAGAUGGCGGGUGCACAGCUCUCCUACCCAGGAGGUUUCCCUGGAGGGCCUGCGCAGAUGGCUGGCCCACCACAGCCCCCAAAGAAGCUGGACCCCGACUCCAUCCCCAGCCCGAUCCAGGUGAUCGAGAGUGACAGAGCGGCCAGAGGAGGACAAGUUUACGCCACCAACACCAGAGGCCAGGUUCCACCCCUGGUCACCACAGACUGUGUGAUACAAGAUCAAGGCAAUGCCAGCCCCCGGUACAUCCGCUGCACCGCAUACUGCUUCCCAUGCACGUCGGACAUGGCCAAGCAGGCUCAGCUCCCACUGGCUGCUGUCAUCAAACCCUUUGCCUCAAUUCCGUCAAAUGAGACACCUCUUUAUUUGGUAAAUCAUGGCGAGAAUGGACCCGUCAGAUGCAACAGGUGCAAAGCAUACAUGUGCCCGUUUAUGCAGUUUAUUGAAGGAGGGAGAAGGUAUCAGUGUGGAUUUUGCAACUGUGUGAAUGACGUUCCACCAUUCUAUUUCCAACAUCUGGACCACAUGGGAAGAAGACUGGACCACUAUGAGAAACCAGAGCUGUCACUAGGUUCUUAUGAAUUCGUUGCUACUUUGGAUUACUGCAGGAAGAAUAAGCCUCCCAACCCACCAGCCUUUAUCUUCAUGAUUGAUGUUUCAUAUAGUAACAUAAAGAAUGGACUUGUGAAGCUCAUCUGUGAAGAACUGAAGACUGUACUGGAAAGACUUCCAAACUUAUUGGACCAGAUUCCAGAGAUGUUUGCAGACUCCAAUGAAAACGAGACUGUCUUUGCUCCUGUCAUCCAGGCUGGCAUGGAAGCACUCAAGGCAGCAGAUUGUCCUGGGAAACUAUUCAUCUUCCAUUCCUCCCUGCCAACUGCAGAAGCACCAGGGAAACUCAAAAACAGAGAUGACAAAAAACUGAUUAAUACGGACAAAGAGAAGACACUUUUCCAGCCCCAAUCCACGGGCUAUGAAUCACUGGCCAAGGACUGUGUGGCUCAUGGCUGCUGUGUGACGCUCUUCCUGUUCCCCAACCAGUACGUGGACGUGGCCUCUCUGGGCCUUGUGCCUCAGCUCACCGGAGGAACCCUGUACAAAUACAAUAACUUCCAGAUUCACUUGGAUAGCCAGCAAUUUCUGAAUGACCUCAGAAGUGAUAUAGAAAAGAAAAUAGGAUUCGAUGCUAUUAUGAGAGUUCGUACUAGCACAGGUUUCAGAGCCACUGACUUCUUUGGGGGGAUUUUUAUGAACAACACCACCGAUGUGGAAAUGGCAGCCAUAGAUUGUGACAAGGCAGUCACCGUGGAGUUCAAGCAUGACGACAAGCUGGGUGAAGACAGCGGAGCAUUAAUCCAGUGUGCUGUGCUCUACACAACUGUCAGUGGCCAGAGAAGACUUCGGAUUCACAACCUGGGCUUGAACUGCAGCUCCCAGUUGGCUGACGUCUACAAGAGCUGUGAGACAGAUGCCCUUAUCAAUUUCUUUGCCAAGUCAGCUUUUAAAGCAGUUCUACACCAGCCCUUGAAAGUGAUCCGAGAAAUUCUCGUUAAUCAAACUGCCCACAUGCUGGCCUGUUACCGAAAGAACUGUGCAAGCCCAUCUGCAACUUCCCAGCUUAUUUUACCGGAUUCCAUGAAAGUAUUGCCAGUGUACAUGAAUAGUUUAUUAAAAAACUGUGUGCUGCUCGGCAGACCGGAGAUCUCAACAGACGAACGGGCGUACCAGAGGCAGCUGGUCAUGACCAUGGGUGUGGCUGACUCCCAGCUAUUCUUCUACCCACAGUUUCUGCCCAUUCACACAUUGGACGUCAAGAGCACAGCAUUGCCUGCUGCUAUUCGUUGUUCUGAGUCCCGUCUUUCAGAAGAAGGAAUAUUCCUGUUGGCAGAUGGCCUAAACAUGUUUUUGUGGUUGGGAGUAAGCAGUCCGCCAGAACUAAUCCAAGGAAUAUUUAAUGUGCCGUCCUUUGCACAUGUUAACACAAAUAUGACAUUACUUCCCGAGGUGGGAAACCCAUAUUCUCAAACGCUCAGAAUUAUAAUGAGUAUUAUCCAACAGAAGAGGCCAUAUUCAAUGAAGCUCACGAUAGUGAAGCAGCGAGAACAGCCAGAAAUGCUUUUCCGACAGUUCCUGGUAGAAGACAAAGGACUUUAUGGAGGGUCCUCUUAUGUGGAUUUCCUCUGUUGUGUCCACAAGGAGAUCUGUCAGCUGCUCAACUAAUCGAACCUUCUCUGUCUGAGGAGAUCAUCUCCUUCUUGGUGCCUAAUUCUCUAGAUGCUAACAGGCUAGUUUUGAUUUCUUGCUCAGUUUCAGAAUAGCUUUCCAAGAUGGCACUCAGCACUUCAGCUCUGGUGCUCAGGUAUAAAGCCAGUGAAGGUACAGUUUGUACCUUAAAGGGAACAGUCUGUUUCUGAUCGCACAAUUUUUAACUUGUUGAACGGAUGCAGUUUGCAGUUCAUGAAAGGCAUAGUUUACAGAACUGUAAACAUUCUCAAUUUUCUUUCUUUGUGCUAAACAUAUAAAUUAUUUUUCAAAAUGUAUAGAUUUGGAGUAAAAAGUUGUCUUGCAGUGAGGGGAAAAUUAAUUUUUACAUUAUACCUAAUUUUUUAAAGCCAUGUGACCCCAUUGAACACAUUUUGCAACUGAAGGUUUGCAUAGCAGACUUUUAAUAACCUUAGAAUCUGUUUCAUAGGACAGUUUCUGUUCUACUUGUUUUUUCAUAAUUAUAUGUCGUGUAUGUUAAAACUAGUUUCCAAUUGCUUUGUCUAUAAAACUGUCUUUACCAAUAUUCUUAAUGGUUCUCUGUACAAUUUUGAAGGUUUCUACCUGUAUAUAAUGGAUCUUAACCAGUAUCAAUAAAUCACUUCCUAUGCUCUUA